UAUCCAAAUAAGGUGUUGACCCAUCCAGCCGAAACCAAUCUGGGUCCAACCCAUAUUCAGAGAUCGGGUUAUGUCUCUUUUCAGGUUGUCUCACAUUCCAACCCGGACCCUCCCUUCGGACUCGUCCUCGAACUCUACACACAGGUUACAGGACACUGCUUCUGCUACUACCUCUACCUCUACUUCAGUAAAACUCAAGCCUAUGUGAUGGAAAUAUCAAAUGAUUUAGCUGUGAAGAAACCAAAGAGGUUGACAUCUGUUGUUUGGAAUCACUUUGAGAGGGUCAGAAAGGCUGACAUUUGUUAUGCUGUUUGUAUACAUUGUAACAAGAGACUUAGUGGAUCAAGUAAUAGUGGAACGACACAUCUAAGAAACCACUUGAUGCGAUGUCUAAAAAGAUCAUCAACUAUUGAUGUGUCUCAACUACUUGCAGCAAAGAGAAGGAAAAAAGAUACGACUGUGAGCCUUGCAAAUAUCAGUUUUGAUGAAGGACAGAGAAAAGAUGACUAUAUUAAGCCAACAAUUUUGAAAUUUGAUCAGGAACAGAAAAAGGAUGAAAUUUUUAACCUUGGAAGUGGUAGGUUUGACCAAGAGAGGAGUCGGAUUGAUCUUGCUCGCAUGAUUAUAGUACAUGGUUACCCAUUGGCCAUGGUUGACCAUGUUGGAUUCAAAGUAUUUGUCAAGAAUCUUCAGCCAUUGUUUGAGGUUGUGCCAAAUAGUUCUGUUGAGCAAGCUUGUAUGGAAAUUUAUGGGAAAGAGAAACUGAAAGUGUAUGAGACUAUAAAUAAAUUGCAUGGCAGAAUUAACCUUUCCGUUGAAAUGUGGUCUUCACCAGAAAAUGUUGAGUACUUGUGUUUGACAGCACAUUAUAUUGAUGAGGGUUGGAAACUGCAGAAAAAGAUUCUGAGUUUUGUCACACUUGAUUCUUCUCAUACUGAAGACAUGCUUUCUGAAGUGAUUAAUAAGUGCCUGAUGGACUGGGAUGUUGACCGUAAGUUGUUUGCCUUGACAUUUGAUAAUUGUUCCACGGAUGAUGACAUCGUCAUAAGAAUUAAAGAACAAAUCUCUCAUAAAAGGCCUCUUUUGAGUACUGGUCAGUUGUAUGAUGUGCGAUCUGCUGCACACGUUCUAAACUCAAUUGUUCAAGAUGCUAUGGAAGCAUUGCGAGAGGUGACCCAAAAGAUUAGAGCAAGUGUCAAAUAUGUUAAAAGUUCACAGGUAACACAAGGAAAGUUUAAUGAGAUUUCACAAGAAGUUGGAAUCAACAGUGAGAAAAAGUUGCUUUUCGAUUGUCCAAUUCAAUGGAACUCAACAUAUCUCAUGCUUGAAACGGCCUUAGAAUACAGGGGUGCAUUUUCUCUCUUGCCAGAGCACGAUCCUGACUACAUAUCAGCUCUAUCUGAUACAGAGUGGGAAUGGGCUAGUUCUGUUACUGGUUACUUAAAACUUUUUCUUGAAAUCACUAAUGUAUUUUCUGGCAACAAAUUCCCAACUGCGAAUAUGUAUUUUCCUGAGGUAUGUGAUGUUCACAUCCAAUUGAUAGAAUGGUGCAAGAGCCCAGAUAAUUUUCUUAGUUCCAUGGCAGUGAAGAUGAAGGCCAAGUUUGAUAAAUAUUGGAGCAAGUGCAGUUUGGCUUUGGCAGUAGCAGCAAUCUUAGAUCCUCGAUUCAAAAUGAAGUUAGUUGAAUAUUACUAUUCUCAGAUUUAUGGUAGUACUGCUUUGGAUCGUAUCAAGGAAGUUUCUGAUGGUAUAAAGGAACUUUUCAAUGCAUACUCUAUCUGCUCAACAUUGGUUGAUCAAGGUUCAGCUUUGCCUGGUAGCAGCUUACCUAGUACUAGUAAUGACACUAGAGAUAGACUAAGGGGUUUCGACAAAUUUCUUCAUGAGACUUCUCAGAGUCAAAAUGCAAUAUCGGACUUGGAUAAAUAUUUAGAGGAACCAGUAUUUCCUCGUAAUUGUGAUUUCAACAUAUUGAAUUGGUGGAAAGUUCAUAUGCCAAGGUACCCUAUCCUGUCCAUGAUGGCACGUGACGUUCUUGGGACUCCUAUGUCGACUGUGGCACCUGAGUCGGCAUUUAACAUUGGAGGUAGAGUGCUUGAUCAUUGUAGAAGUUCGUUGGAUGCAAAUACUCGACAGGCUUUGAUAUGCACACAAGAUUGGCUGCGGAUGGAACCAGGGGAUGUCAAUUCAUCCUCAAGCCUUUCUCCCCUACCGCUUCUCAUUGAACCAAGUUAAUUUGUCUAGGUUAAUGGAACCGUUCGGCUGAUAUGCUAGCGUCUGAUUGUUUUGUUUACACUCGGGCCUUAUUCUAGAAGCUCAUGUGGUGUUAAUCAAAUCUAUAUUUCUUUUGAAUGUUCAUAUGUCACAAUUAGAUAAAUUGCUGAGUACUUUUAGUUGUUUAUUAAGAAGCAAUGUACAUUUUAUGAGAGCAAUUAGAUCCUUACAAUUAUGCUUAAA